AAAUGGCAUCUACCACAUUCAAUCAAAGGUGAAUCAAAUUCCUGAUUAGAAAAAGCCAUAUUGGUCCUUUCUUACUUCAUUUCUCUCACUCUUUCCAAUACAAAAUUACUCCAACUUAUCUUCCAACUCAAAACCCAUAUAAACCAUCCACACACGAAUCUCUAAAACACUUCCCAUUCACGCCUUCAUUUCCUACACCACUCCCCUUACACUAUCAAACCAUGAACCUAAACCACCUCUCUCUAUCUCUUCUCCUCCUUGUCUUUCUCCUCCCACCCUCCCACUCCCAAGUAUGUCAACGCUUCUGCGGUGACAUCCAACUCCGCUACCCGUUUGGAGGCGGUCCAGGGUGUGGCGACCCUCGGUUUGUUAAACACGUUACAUGUAACCAAAGACAACUUACCUUCAUCACCCACACCGGCUCUUACCCGGUCACCAACAUCGAUUACGACAAUGAGAUACUCUACGUCUCGGACCCUACUAUGUCCACCUGUUUUUGUACUCAGCCUAGCAAAGGGUUCAGCUUAGACUGGGAUGCUCCAUUCUCUUUCCAUGACAGUAGCGUCUUUGCAUUGCUAGACUGUUCAUUGGACUCCUCCCCUAUGUAUAAAGGUGCUAUCAAUGGAAACAUCACUAAUGUCCCGCAGUGUGAUAACACAGGUACCACACUCUGCAGCUCGAUCUACUCUUGCCAGCCUAUCAGCCAGCUGAACGUCCCAAUCUCCACGUGUUGUGUGUACGCACCUGUGGAUCUCGGGCCUGCCUUCGAGAUGGACCUACAGAAGGCACAGUGCAAGGCAUAUACUGCAGUUUACAGCUUCAAUGAUCAGGAAACUAAUCCCGAAGCAUGGAAGUAUGGAGUGGCAUUGAAGUACAAGUUCAAUGUGAAGAAUGAUUAUCCAGUUUAUUGUAGCAACUGUGAGAGGAGUAAUGGGGUUUGUGCUUACACUGGAACUUACAACACUUUUGUGUGUAACUGUCCAAAUGGAGCCAAUACAAGUACAGACUGUUACUUUCAAGCUUCUUGGAAUUCUGGGCUAAGGCUUGCUCCUUGGAUCAAAGGAAGCUUGUUCCUGUAUGCUAGUAUACUGCUGCUGUUCUGGAUCUCGUUCUAGAAUUAUAUAAUUACAGCUUAAUUUUAGAAAACAGAACCAGAUCAGCUACUGAAGUUCUUACCCCCUUCAUUUUGUACUUUCAACUUCCAAAAAGAUAAGAUUUUUGGGUGUAUGAUUAUUUUUUUGGGUUUAUUUUAAGAAAUUGAGACAAGUAAUUGUAACAUAUGGAAAUGCAAAUAAAUAUAACAUAUUAGAUAUUA